GCAGGGCGGGCGGCGCCCCGCUAUGGCCCUGGGUGCCGGCAGAAGCGGCGGCGGGAGGCAGCGGCGAACGGCGUGAGCGCGCCGGGGGCCGGCUGCGCUGCAUGGGGGCGGGGGCCCGGUCGCCAUGGAGGGCGUGCUGUACAAGUGGACCAACUACCUGAGCGGCUGGCAGCCUCGUUGGUUUCUUCUCUGUGGUGGUAUCUUGUCCUACUAUGAUUCUCAGGAAGAUGCCUGGAAGGGUUGCAAAGGAAGCAUCCAAAUGGCUGUGUGUGAAAUUCAAGUUCAUCCUGCAGAUAACACACGAAUGGACCUGAUCAUCCCAGGGGAACAGUACUUCUAUCUGAAAGCAAGAAAUGCAGUUGAGAGGCAAAAGUGGCUGGUUGCACUAGGAACGGCGAAAGCCUGUCUGACAGACAGCAGGACACAAAAGGAAAAAGAGUUCACUGAAAACACAGAAGCCUUGAAGACUAAAAUGUCUGAACUUAGACUAUACUGUAACCUUCUUGUUCAGCAAGUGCAUAAAACUAAGGAAGCCAGCAUUUCUGCUGUAUCAGAACCAGAGAGUGGGAUUGAUGUGGGAGCUCUGUUGAAAUCAACAUGUGACACCUUCCUGAAGACUCUUGAAGAAUGUAUGCAGAUUGCAAAUACUGCCUUUACUUCUGAGUUAUUACAUCAGACCCCUCCAGGAUCCCCACAUUUAGCAGUUCUCAGAACAAACAGGAUAAAACACUCAGUCUUGUCCAGUCACACCUCAACAGAAAGACAGAUGGAAUUGAACCCCUGUGAAAACGGCUCUGUAAAAGCAGAAAUUAACCAGCAAGAGCAAACCUUUAUAAAAAGUCUAGCAUGUUUAAACUUGGAAACAAAUGACGGGAGCAGUGUUGUUUCUGUUGAGGAUCAUAUUGCAGAAGAUUCGGCAGGCAUGAAGGAAGAUGGAGAGAACAAGCUGCAAGCUGUAGAAAACCUUGAUGCCCAGAAGUUGCUGCAGUCAGAAACAAAUUCUUUAAGUGGAUUGACUCUGUGUGAGGAAGAUGAGAAUGAAAAUGGGUUUCCUACUUUCUUCAGUGUCAUGAGCAAUAGGUUCAGUGAUAUUGAACUUCAGGAGGAAGAGGGCAUACCAACAGAAGAGUUUCUGGAGUCAUGUUAUGCAAUUGUGCCCGUUCUGGAUAAGUUGGGACCAACUGUUUUUGCUCCUGUUAAAAUGGAUUUUGUAGGUAACAUCAAGAAAAUAAAUCAGAAAUUUAUAACCAACAAAGAAGAGUUUGAUACCCUGCAGAAGAUAGUACUGCAUGAAGUCAGUGCAGGUGUAGCUCAAGUUAGAAAUUCUGCUACAGAGGCACUCCUAUGGCUGAAAAGAGGCUUAAAGUUCUUGAAAGGGUUUUUGACAGAAGUGAAGAAUGGAGAAAAGAAUAUCCAAACAGCUCUGAACAAUGCUUAUGGAAAGACAUUACGGCAGCACCAUGGUUGGGUUGUCCGUGGGGUGUUUGCGUUAGCUUUAAGGGCAGCUCCAACGUACGAAGACUUCGUAGCAGCUCUGUCUGUAGAAGACUGUGAUCCUCAGGAGGAAACAUUUUACAAAGCAAUGCAGAGGGACCUCAACAUUUACUUACCAGCCAUGGAAAAGCAGCUAAAUAUCUUGGACACUCUCUAUGAAGUACAUGGUUUGGAGUCAGAUGAGGUGGUAUGACUACAGUAAGACAGCAUCUUAAAACUUCAGGGACUGUGUCUGUUAACAAAGAUUUUUUUGAAUAUCAUUUCUGUUCACUGUAGCUUUUCAGGUGGGAGAGGUGUGAGUGUUUGGGGGGAAGGGUAUGUAUGGUUUUUAUUUCUUGUUGUGCUUGUUUUGUGUUUAAAUGCAGAGGUACAGUUUCUUUUUGGGCUAUAACUGUGUCUGUAAUGAAUGUUUUGGACUGUUCCUCACUUGCCUCACUCCCUGUUCCCUUCACCUUGUAAAAGUAAUGGAGCAGAAUUUGCCCUUUGCUUCCACACUUUGUGUGGGAGCUGCGCAUGCAGCAGAGCUGUCAUGAUAUCCACAUGGAACCAAGCAGGCACUGCUGGCUCGGACUCUCUCCUGCCCUGUUCUGCCCACUCUAGUGAACCUUAUUGUAGCAGAAGAGAGGGUGGUUAAAUGCCAGCUUAACAGGUAUGCAGUGAGUUUUUACCUUAUUUUGGGUUGAAUCUUUUUUUUAAUUGUUUUUUUUGUUUUGUUAUGUUUGGGUUUUUUUUUGUUGCUUUUUUUUUGUUUGUUUUGUUAGUGCAGCAUCUCUAAAAGUGUUAGAGAUCUUCACCAUGAGCACAUGUAGCUGGUGAUCUGAGCUUCCACAGGGAACCAGCCUUGGAAACUAGCCAUUGUGUUCUGUCCCAGCUACUUGUUUUGUACCACAUUUUCCCUUCCGGCUCCUGACAGUGAGCCAAAUCUAAAGGAAAUUUUCCUUAGUGCCCUCCACAGCAAGAUGCUCCUGCCCGUAUUGCUUGAGAUGAGCGUGCUGCAACAUAUAUUGUGGUGCAGGAAGGAAAAGUGUGUGCAUGGCAAGAGAAGGGAAGGCUGUGAGCAUGGAGUGCCAUUCUGUCUGCACUGGUACCACUGUUGUUCCCUCUGCCCUGUAUUAUUGAAAGUGGGCAUGAAAUAGCAAAGCCUAGGGGAAGCUAGAAUUUAUCACCGAGUUGUUGUACAUUAUGCCAUUUGCAGACUUAAAAAUCUAAAAUUAUGCAGAAGUGGCUAGGAAGUAAGAAGGUAAAAUUUGCUCUUUUCUUCCUUUACAGAUAAAAAAGUGCACCUAGUUGCUGUUAGAAGUGAUAAAGAAAUCCUUCUAGAUAGUUUGUUAUACAUAAAUGAGUAAGGACAAAAUUCCUGCUUGUGUUGAAGAUUAGAACACUAUGAGUUACUUACUGCCAGUUCAAGGUAUAAGUGGGUUUCUCAGUAGUGACACAGGGCUUUGGAUGGCUUUGGAUAGCUUUGUCCAAAGAGCUGAGUAUAACUCAUGGGCAAAUAAGACUAAUGCUCAUGAGGUUCCUAAACUUUGGUAAAUCCUCGUACAAUUUGUCAUCACCAUACUCACAGGAUAAAUACUGGCUUUUGCUAGGCUAAAAAGCACAUUCUGACUAAAAUGAAUGUACUGCAGGCCUGCUGCAUCAUUCUGAGAAAGCAGUCUCUGCAUACGUAAUACUUGAUCUUUUCUCAGGAGCCUAGCACUGCAGGCUUUAAGAAAAGUAUAUGGUGAGUGAAGAAAACACCAAAUGACACACUUGAUGAGUAAAGCAAGAUACUAGAACUGUAAUUGGGCAUUUAAGUAGUAUGACUUUCUUGUUCCUGUCACCUUCUCUGAACUGUGACUAUCUAUAGUCCCUACGUGCACCAGGAUAGAAUCAAAAGUAUAUAGGGUCUUUAGUUCUUGGAGUUUUCUUGUUUUAAUUAGUAUAUAUUUGUUUGAAUAUGAAGUCAAAACUUUUGACCAAAGCUCAAUUCAAUGAUUUCAGUACUUGCAGUGCUAAAAAUGAAGCAGAGAGCCUUUGAGAUAUGACUGUCUGCUUCUUCAAAGUGUGAAUGCAAAAAAAAACCCAACAAAAAACAGCAGAACAACCAGCUCUCCAUCCCCUGUGGUUUCCUCAAUCUUUUCCGCUAUUAUGUGGGAAACUUUUCUGUGACAGGUCUUAAUGCUGUGAUUAGGUAAUGGAGACCACAUCGCCGCAGAAUAGCAGGAGUGUGUGGGGAGGGCAGGAAGAGAUCAGUCUUCUCUAAAAAUUGAUAGUGAAAUCAUGAUGAAAAUUGACUUCUCUUUUUUUAACUGUAAGCUUUUUCAGUAGCAGCAAAACAGAUCUAGCACUUAAAGGCUUGGGCAUUUUUUGCUUUUGUUUCAUUUGUUCUGUUUUGUUUUUUCAGCUAGUGGGAGAACCGCUGGCUUGUUAGUAGCUUGCCAAGCCAAGUAUUUGAUACUAGAAGUAAAGAAGGUUUAUUUCUUAAGCAAGGAACUGAACAGCUUCACUGGGCCACUAGCUUCAGCAAUUACCAACUUUUACAGUUCUUCUUUCUUCCAACAAUAGGAAGUGAUCUGCAGUGCAUAUUGUGUAAUUAGCAUGGCAUCCACCCUCAGAGCAGGCUUUCUUGCCUUGCUCUUCUGUGUAAAGUUGGUCUUUCUAAACUGUGGAAUUGGUGCUUGGGAACAUUCUGUGAAGAUGGUGGCUUCAGGAGAUGCCAGUGUCCGGGUUGUUUAAUAGGGGACUUUUAGAGAUGGAAUUGAGCAAGGUCACCUUGCUUUCAAAACCUGUGCUGCUUCUUGCACUGUUCUUGCAGGAUGUUGAGCGCUUUUAAGACUUAAGGAUGCUAUCUUUUCAAACUACCACUGAGAAAUGCUGCAGCAUGUUGCACAGCUGAACUCCGAGUUAUACCUCUAAGGAUGCAAUAGACCAGAUGAUUACACAUAAACAAAUACACAGCUAGAUGACAAUUUCUUUUCUGGCAAGCAUAGAAGAUGGUUCUUAGUAAUUGUAGAGGACAAGCAACUAACUUUGGCCCUCAAAUUUAGAAAUGGAGAAGAGGUAGGUGGUUUUUGCUAGAUUUAUUUGGCUCGUUGAUUAGUGAUGAUGGGUUGGGUUUCCUUGUCUUUGUUCAGUGGCUGACAUUUAUAAACAACUGACCUGUAUACAGAUAGCAGUCUUUGUGACUCAGAUAACAGCACCCUUGCUCUGUAUACUCUACAUGAACUGCUUUAAUUUCUUAAACUGCACUAGUCUGAAGUUUUUGUGUCCUUUUCCUUUAGAAGUGUUUUCAGCUGUUUUCUUCAGUGUCCAACAGUUGCAUAUUCUCAGGGAUAUUACUUAGCCAUGGCAAAAUAAGAGUAAUCACAGCCUUACCCUAGGAGAGUCAGACUGCUUUUUGAGCUGGGUAUAGAAUUCUGAUACAGCUCAUGACACAAAGUCUGUCCAUCGCACAUCCUUGCUGAGACUUGGUAAAUCCCAAAGCAAUCUGAAAAAAAGUGCUAUCUCGUGCUGUAUAAUGGCUGUCAGCAUAUUUUAGUAGAGAUCCUACACACAUCUUUGUAAUACAGUGCUGUUGGCAUUAGGGCAGAGCUCCUAAGUGGUUUCAGUCGAGUUCUGCGUAGCACUGGCAGGCUUUUAUUUAUUUUAUUUAUUAUGUAUUUCUUUUUAAAGCAAACUGUGUUUUGGAGCCCCCUCUGCUAUUUUAAGACACCACACUCAGUUGCAUACUGAAGUUCUCUGACAUUACAGUUGUGGAGUCUGAAUUGCAUACUCAAGUGCUUUAGCACUAAGGUCUCAUUGAAACAUUUUGUCUUGGUACUGUUGUAAUAUGAGUCUCCCUUCAACAAAUGCGCUUAAAGCUAAGGACUGCAUACCUUCACUGAAAGACCUUUUGUAAAGCAUCAUCAGGAUUUAGGUUGCAGUCAUUUGCUUUAAAAAUGUAUCACAGAUUGAACAUUGUCACUUGCUCGGCUGCCCACAUAGAAGUAUGCCCAAAAUGUGCUCCAGUUGUUUGUGGUGUGCUUUGGCAAAGAGACGUGGACUAUAGAGAAUGGUAUUACCUGUGUGCUUACACUGGAGCCCCUCACCAUCUCUUUUUAUCAUUGAUUCAGCUUUUGUGAAAAGCUUUAAAGACCCCUCAAUUUUAGAUACCAAAAAAGAUCAUUAGCACACUCCCACCUUUCUAUCUUUCCUCUUCCCCACUUGUUUCCCACUCCUUCCCUUCCUCCCAUUUGUCACCUUCUUUGUUGUCAGAGCUGUUGCCGUCCAGCCAAAGCAUCUCCGUAGCAGUGUGAAGUAGGAGGUUUUAUAAGUCGUUAAAUGGGAAACUGAAAAGCAGGUCUGAGUUUUGUGGCAAGGACAGAGUUGGAUGGAGAAUGUGCUGCUUUUCUUUGAAGCUUUGCCCUGGCUUGAGAUACUCUGCUAGGACAACCAUGCCGAUUUCAUUGAUUGAAUUUAAAUCAGGACAUUUCAAAAUUGGCAGCUCUACCUCUUAGGAGUGAAAGCAUGGUGUUUUGUAUUUUUAAUGGGCUUAUUUCUCCUCUCUUUGCGUGCAUAGUACCGGUAACAAAACAGAGAGGAGGGGGGAACUCAUGACUGAAUUCCUACCUUUUUGCUGCCUUCAGUAGCCCCUUGGUGAGCAAACCCUGCACACUUUGAUGUCCUGCAUGCUCUGGUAUGAAAUCACCCAUGUGCAGUGGGGAGACUGGAGCACGCACUCCGCAAACCCAUUCAGGAGCUCAUCCUACUCAGUUCACACAAGGAUUUAGGCACUUGCUUUGAAGUUUGAGCACAGGCAUAUGUUUCACUGACGGACUUCUUACAUUGGCAUGCAUUUCUUCAAAAUGUGGCCGUUCACUGGCAUUUGUUAAUAUCCCUUUCUUGGUAUAGUAUUCUGUGUGUGUGCACCCCCAUACUCUGGAUGUCUAAAGACUUUUUUUUAACUUUGUAUUGAGAAGGAAUCAGGAUAUGGAAACAAGGAAGUUUCACAUUUGUUUACUUUAUUGUGCACUGCAGCUUUUAGGGAUCCCAAAUAUAUUAUUUGAUUCCUUCAUUUAAAGCCACCUUGAAAGUUGGUGAUUUUUGUCUACUUGAAACAAAACAAACAAAUUACAUUCUGGAAUAUGGUGACUGAACUGAAAACCAAAGCAGCUUGCUUUUGUAGUUUCCAUUUCUAUUUUCUUGCAUUUUUCAAUCCAGUUUUGGGCAUUCAUUUUAUUAACGAUAAGCUGAGCUUACAGUGAGCCUUAUUGAGGUAUAAGAUGAAGAGAAGGUAUAUUGCCUCACAGUUUAAUUCUAAGGGCUUGUUCAUGCCCCAGAAAUCACCUCCACCAGCGUAAGCAUUGCACAGAUUGUGCUGUCAUAAGCAGUUCAAUCUUGAAAUUUUGGAGUUUCCAAUCUGCGUCAUCUCUCACAUGAUACAGCAUCUGUCUUUUUGUUGUUUUUUUUUUUUGAGUAUUGUUAAGACUUCUGCCAGACUUUUUUAUUAUUUCAUUGUAAUAAACUUAUUUUAAAUAAGCAUGUUUUAAAAUCUCACUUCUUCCUUGCAUGGAUUUGUUUUUUUUUUACUACAACAGAGGGCCUAAAGUGCUCUUCAGGACUGCAUCUGUUCUAGAUACUGUGUGAACAGUCAAAAAGAGUAUGUUUCUGGUUGAUAGAAACUGCCUGUAUGUAUCUUUGUAUGAAGAAUGUUCACACACAUGGAGCCUGUUUUGAUUACGAGAAUAAAAGCUGCAUCGGCAAUAUAGCUGUGGGUCCUUGGCUAAUGUAAAUAGCUGAAGGCUGUGGUUAAGAAACCAGCCUGGCACCAUCAGAGGAUAUGUAUGUAACAACUAGAGGUAAGGAUGACCUUCUGCCUGGACUUGAAUUUGUUCUGUAGGAAUACCUCAAGGUUUUCAAAUUUCUGGGGUCGUCUUGAGAUGAGAUGAAGACAAGGGCCUUUUAUGUACUGUAGAUAUGUAACUUGUUUCUUUCAUUCCCUUUUCUCUCUCUGUAUAAACAGAGAGGACACAAGAGCAGAACUAUCUGUCACGUCUGAUUGUCCUUCCGUAGCCCUGUCUGUCCAGCAUCAGUGCACAUGUGAGUGAAUGGAAAUCACAUGCACAAAAAGCUCACAGGCAAGCAUUUCUCCACAGUUUCUUUCGGUUAAAAUAAGCAAAUCUGUUGCCACUACAGGAUCCCAUAUGCAGAAAGAGCUCCAGCUAAAGCUUUGACAGAAUUCGUCAUGUUCAUAAGUAAAGGUCAUGGGCUUUCUUGUCUCUGCAGGAAUCCAGAUCUGUGGCUCCAAAUAUGAAGUGAUGGUGUGCUGAAUGUAUUGGACUUGUAGGAACACACAGGUGCUGCUGUUUAAAUAGGAAGCUUAAAGAAGACAUAUCAGCAGUGACCAGAAGAUAGUGGAAUAGUCUCCUACCAGAGAGAAAAACAGUAAAAAACUAUCUGAAUUUGAGGAAAGAACAGCAAUGCAAGCUCACAGCACUGAAGUUGUGACCAGUGCUGCCAGUGUGAAACUUCUACCGAGUUGUUUUCUUUUGGAAACCCCACUGCAGUGGAGAAGUGUGGGACUGACAUGCAAUCAUGUUGGCCCACAGGCAAGGCAGAGCUGCUGAAAUGCAGCGUAAGGGUCUGUAAUGCUGUGAUACAAUCAAUCACGACAGAGCACAGGUUUUCAAUACAAGUUCAAUGUGUUUGCACAAAGCUGUUCUCUGAAUCAGAGCCUCAAGGAGGAAAGUUUUAUUCCAGUCAUUAGUGAAACAAAGCCUGUGUGUGUCUGUCUAGAAGUUUAGUCAACAAAAUUACUGUGUAUUUUUUCUUAUAUGUCAGUACAUUGACCCAAAUAUAUCUUGACAGAAGGCCUGUUAAAUUACUGUCCCUACAGGAAUUUACAAACAUUUUUUACUUAUUUUACAUUUUUAAACAUUAAUUAACAAACAUUUAUCCAUUUUCUUUUUGGUCUAAAACAGAUUUGAGUUUCUUGUGUGUUGACAAGGGGAGAAAAAAUCCAUCAGCCUUAGAAAGCUUCCAGCUUUCCUUUUCUGUCUGUGGUGGAACAGUGGCCAGAGAAGCUGUGGAUGUCCUGUCCCUGAGGGCACUCAAGGCCAGGUUGGAUGGGGCCCUUGGCAGCCUGAGCUGGUGAGUGGCAGCACUGCCCCUAGCAGGGGUUGGAACUGAGCGGGCUUUAAUAUCCCUUCCUACCCAAGCUGUUCUAUGGCAGCACAGGCUCGACCCCUGACUUUGCACAUUAGGGAAGAAGGCUUUUCCAGGUUUCAUUGCAUUUUUGCACCCCCCUAACCUUCACCUUCUACUAGCCCGUAUUUGCCAUUUCUGGUUUCAAGGUUUGGUAAAAUUCUUCCAAAGAUCAUUCGCUAUUUAACCACCACUAGAGCAAGGGGUGACCAUUGAUACCAAUACUUUGCCUGCAGCAGGAGGAGCUGAAAUUGGUGAUCCUUGCAUCCUUCCAGAGCCAUCAGCCAACAAGACAUGGAGUCAAAGAGUCAUGACCUGACACCCUCCUGCUCCAGUAAUGGCUUUCUGCCAAAAUAAUUUCCAAUUAAUUUAGCAUCUGUUUCCAGCAUUGGUAUCGUCAGCUCAUCUGUAGCCUACAGAGACAGGCGUGCCUCUCAUAGUUUCCUAUAGGUCACACUUUUCCACUUGCCUUCUUGCUUGGCAGCUGGUACCAGGCGCGAGGGAGCCCUGUGCCUUCAGCACCACCUGAAACUCGAACCUCAGCUCAGGGAUUCAGUGCUGGCCAACAUGCUGCAUCCCACACUGUGUGAUGAGUACGUUGCCCAGAGCUACAGAACAGAAGGCUUUGUGUGGGCAACAAAACGUUCAUGCGGCAGGGUGGUAAGGGGCCUUGUCCCCUUGGGGACAGCUGAGCUUCCAAUCACCUAUUGACUCCUGCCAUUUCACUACUGAUUUUCCUCAAUUUAAUUCAAUGCUUAAUCUUUUAAAGAUUCAUGUUCUCUCCUUAAAUAGACAUAAUGCUGUUGAUGUGUAAAUAGCCACUGCUGGGUUUGCCCACUUCAUGCUUUAUUGGUCACCUUGGGCAGGAGUCUCCAAACAGCCCCAUAGUGAAAGAUGGGGACAACCCUGGCUGUUGUGAAGAAUCUGGGACAGCUUCUUCUCAGCCAGCCAAAAAGCUUCUCCAUCUGGUGUGUUGUUUUCUUACACUGAUCUACUUGAAGCUGGCACAUCCAAGCUACUGCUCCUUCUGAAAGGCAUUUGCUGCUACAAAAGGCCGAGGAACUGAAGUACCUCAAUCCACUUUUGAGCCACAGUUGGCACAAUGCAUUAGGAAACUCACGGAAGGAGGGAAGAUAAAUCAUAGCAUUCCAGGCACCAUCCAGCUGAUGAAUCCUCAAUUAAUAAUAGAUACGUCUGAAUUAAGGAGGAAGGUAUUUGCAGUCUUUUAUAACAUGAAUACUUAACACCUCCUCAAAUGUUUUUUAUGAUGGUUUACACAAGAUGAUAAUGGCAGUAAGAAACUUGUUCCAUGACUUUUUUUUCCCUUCCAACUUGCACUUCUUUUUGUUAAGAUAUUGAACUUUUUGUGCUGUAUUAAUACAGUCCUUCUGAAAUCCACGCUUCAUUUUCUGACCAGGCUGAUGCUGUACUUCUUCUCUACGUGCAGCACACUACAAUUUGACGUGUGAGAUCAUGACUUGUUUUUCUUUUCCUGCCCUUGGUGCACUUUGGCUUUAUCAUGUCCUUUGGAGGUAGGAGCUUUUAAAAACAACAGGACUUAAAGCUGAAAGCGAAAGGCCACUGAGACUUCCAAACUUCUCAAGGACUCCAGCCUUACGGGGUCUGCAAGUGGAGAUGGACUCCUUGAAGAAAGUGCUGGAUCCCACCAGCUGAAACCCAUUCCUUUGCACCAGUAUGGGAUGUUACAAGGCAGCUACCCUAGCGCAAAGAAUUCCAGAGCUUAUGGCAAGUUCCUCACCCCUUUGGUUCUUUGACCUUUUAUUAAGACCUCUGUUUAAAUAAAAAAUAAUAACAAUAAUAAGGCAAUGAGAAGAAAGGCUUUGAACUGUUGAAACAGGCUACAGCUGUUGGUGGUUGAGCUUCACAGCACAAGCAGCCCAGGUAAGCAAUAGCAGUAAAAUACAUUAAUUUUAUUUAGCUUUUAAUUGACGAUUUCCAGUAUCACUUUGGACAUGCAGAGCUAAAGUCUCCUAUACAAGUGGUAGAAGUUGCAUAUAUUCCUGCUUGCUUUAAUGCAUUAUCCACCCUUUAUUCAACCUUUAAGAGGUAACCAAGUGCAGCUGCUGUGGUUCUCCUAUUGUGACAAGCAACUCACACACUUGAAACAUUCAAGUACAGCAUUUACAGCAAAGCAGCAAAGAGUGGCCUGCAUGAAAAAAAAAUCACACCUUGGUUUGAGCUCUUAGUCCUGAACUCCACACAUCUUUGUACCAUUUUCUUCUGUUAUGAACUCUUUUGUAUAUACAGUAUUAAAUAUGCUUCCCCUAUGAAAUCUGUUCUUGAAUGCGUGCUAAUAAAUAAGUAGGUAAUUACCCUGACUCCUAUCAGAGCUAGCAGAAUUGACCAAACGUCCUGAAAAGCAGAGAUAUACGUACAUCAUACAGCAUGAAUGAGCACCCACAAGCACAUUAGGCCAGGAUUGGUGUCACAGGGAUACAAAAGUGAGGCGGCACAUUGCAGCAUGCUCCAAGCACAACAGGAGCAGGAGAGCAGGCCAGAGGAGUCGGUACACAGGAUGGGUACAGCCAUCGUGGAAGGAUGGAGUCUGGGUAGACCAUGAGAGAAGAACAAGGCCUUCCAGCACCAUGACCAGAGUGCAGGCCUGGCUGCAUUGAGGUUCCAGGUGGGCAGCCUUGCUGACCCAGCACUUCCGCAGUCCUGUUGGGCUCACACAGAAUGCAGCUGGCUUGGCAAAGGCGAAAAGUGAAAUCAGCUCAUCCUGCAUCUUUGCUCCCAGCCUGAUGUCCUCCUUGGAGUGAGAGCACCUUGGCUGCAUCACCAUUUGGUUGUCCCCUUUGGCCUUCGUGGCCUGUGGCCUGGUGUGAUAGCCAACCAUUUUCCUGGAGUUUUUUUUUUUGCCUCAUCUGCUGAUCCUUAAAGCAUUUGCAGGAAGGUCUCUGCUCCUCUGAGCCACAAAGGUGUGCAGCUAAUCACAAUGCUGCUGAAGCCACCAUCACACCCCCCUGGAGACAACAUGAAGGAAGUUCACAUUGUAAUAAAAGAGAAAGUCUCCAUAAACACUGUGUCCAACACAUGCUUUGUGUUUAUGCUGAAAAAGCUGAAAAACAAAAACCCUGAAGAACUUAAUUUAGGCUGAACAGUGCUAAGCCGAGGUAACGUUGUCUUGUACACAGUAUUCCUGGUUAGUGGCAUUUGGUUUCCUGUAGCAUUUGUGACAGAGAAGUCCCCACACACAGCCCACGAGUCUUACUGGCAAACACUGUUUAUCUAUUAAGACAGGAUACAGUGGUCCUAGUUUUUCAGAAUCUGGCUUAAUUAAUUAAAAAAAAAAAAAAAAAGACAAACAUCUCAAAAUGGCCAUCAGAAGCACGAAGUCUGUUUGUUUUCACAGAGAUGGCUUUUUUCUUUUUUCUUCUUUUUUUUUUUUUUCUU